UUAUUCCAAAGCCUUACAUAGAAUGAGCAGUUAGUUUAACCAAAAAUUGUAGACCCGAAUACGUUACAUUUUGCUGGUACAUGUAAGACGAUCUUCAUCCGCCAUGACAAGAGAUACGUGUUACUAAGUGACGGGUAAAUAUUUACGUUCACAGUAAACAACAUUACUUCCCUUGUUGCUAUGGGUGUAAUACACAUGUGUGUAUAAAUAGCACCGAUCAGGAAGAUUAAAACUUUAGUGCAGUGGCUUCUUAGACGCGAAGGUAAGACUUUUUAUCGCAAAAUGGCUACAGUAAAACUAAGUUUGUUCGUGUAUACAAUGAUUGCUGUACACAUCUUUGGUGUGUUUUCUGGUAAAUGCCUCUGGACACACUCAAAAUCAAUUGAUGGUCGAUGUUUCCUGGCUGUGGAAGUAGAUCUGUCGUGGAAUGAUGCACUUGUGGUAUGCCAAAAUUUUGGUGGUACCCUAGCUACUAUUUCAUCAAAAACACAGUUUGAUGGUGUAACAGCGUUGUUUAGUUAUUGCGGCUAUUAUUGGAUCGGCGCCAACGAUAAAACUACAGAAGGAACAUUCGUGUGGGUCUAUGACAAUAGCAAUGCCGUCCAGUUACCAUUGAACAAUUGGUGGGAGGACGGUUACCCACAUCACGAUAGCAGUAGUAACUGUGCCCUUCUGAGUGUCUAUGACGCAUCUGUAACUGAUGAAAACUGCACCAACAAACAUCAGGUGUUGUGUACGGAGUCGCGAACAUCAAAUAUAAAAGCUACGACCAGCGGAACAAUUACCACAGAAAAGACCACUGCAAAUGUUUUAACCACAGGACCUGCAACAACAAGACCUACAGCCACAGAACCUGUAACAACAGGACCUACAGCCACAGGACCUGGAACAACAGGACCUACAGCCACAGGAGCUGGAACAACAGGACCUACAGCCACAGGACCUGGAACAACAGGACCUACAGCCACAGGAGCUGGAACAACAGGACCUACAGCCACAGGACCUGGAACAACAGGACCUACAGCCACAGGACCUGGAACAACAGGACCUACAGCCACAGGACCUGGAACAACAGGACCUACAGCCACAGGAGCUGGAACAACAGGACCUACAGCCACAGGACCUGGAACAACAGGACCUACAGCCACAGGACCUGGAACAACAGGACCUACAGCCACAGGACCUGGAACAACAGGACCUACAGCCACAGGACCUGGAACAACAGGACCUACAGCAACAGGACCUGGAACAACAGGACCUACAGCCACAGGACCUGGAACAACAGGACCUACAGCCACAGGACCUGGAACAACAGGACCUACAGCCGCAGAACCUAAAACAGGACCUACAGGAACAGAACCUACAGACACAGAACCCCCACAACCAGAUAGCGCAGAAGGAAAUUAAUAUAACCCGCAGAAGAUUAUCCCUACGGGUGAUAGAUAAUUACUACGAGUCGCACGUCUUCUUGAAUCUAUUACAUAGGUUGUAGUUAAACAAAA